AUGUGGCUGCGGUCCCUGCUGCUCUGCCUUCCCCUGGCUCUGGCCCUGGCCCUGAAUGGCCCGCGGGAGCCCGAGGGACCCGAAGAUGCUGGCGAGCUGCACUGUGGGCCCCGGGGCCUCCGCCUCACCACACCCCCCCCCCGGUCCGGGGACCCCUGCCGCCCCGCCGAUAAAGCCGGGCUGCUGCACAGGCUGCACAACGACUCUGGCUGCGGCGUCCGGGUGACAGAGGGUGCAGGCGGCUCCGUGGUGGCGGAGGCGUCCUACAGCGGCUGCUUCGUCACUGAGUGGGACUCCAACCACAUCAUGCUAGUCGGAGUCGAAGGCAUGGCCGGAGCCGGGCACGGGACGGCGGUGGAGGCCAGGCUGCUCAAGUGUCCCACGGCUCACCCAGCCCCGAGUGCUCCAGGUGCUGACGUGUGUGACGCUGUCCCUGCGUGGGGCAGACUGCCGUGCGUGCCUUCACCCACCACCCAGGGGGGCUGCCAGCGGCUGGGCUGCUGCUACAGCUCCACUGGGAACUCCUGUUACUACGGAAACACAGGGGGAGGAGAACCGGAGGCAGGCUUCUCUUACCGCACUGCCCAGACCAAACAGGGCCCGCCUGAGAGGGGCCCCAUUGGAAGACUCCAAGCCCCUUCCCAUUCUUUGUCCUCAAGUAAGAUCGCCGGAGGCCAGGCACUGUAUGAAAACGAGCUGGUGGCAGCCAGGGACGUGAGGAUGUGGAGCCAAGGUUGGAUCACCCGUGACAGCACCUUCAGGGUCCGCGUCAGCUGCACCUACGCCGCGGGCAGCCACGCCCUCCCGCUUGCCGUGCAGGUGCUCCUCGUCCCGGCGCCCCGCCCUCAGACCCAGCCUGGACCCCUCACCCCGGAACUUCAGAUUGCCAAAGAUAAAAACUACAGCGCCUACUACGGCGCGGGACACUACCCCGUGCUGAAGUUCCUGCGGGAGCCCAUUCCCGUGGAGGUCUCCAUCCGCCACAGGACCGACGCCGACCUCGGGCUGCGGCUGCGCCAGCGCUGGGCCACGCCCAGCCCGGGCCCCCUGCGCCGGCCCCAGUGGGCCCUGCUCGUGGGCGGUGAACGCCCCUACGCUGGAGACGACUACCGGACCCAGCUGAUCCCUGUGCAGGCAGCCGCGGGCCUGCCCUUCCCUGCCCACCACCAGCGCUUCAGCAUCUCCACCUUCAGCUUCGUGGACUCGGGGGCCAGGCGCGCGCUCAGGGGACCGGUGCACCUGCACUGCAGCGUGUCUGUCUGCCAGCCUGCGGGCGCGCCGUCCUGGGUGACCUGUCCCGUUGUCAGGAGAAGAAGAAGCUCUGACAUCGACUUUCACAACAGUCCUGCCAGCAUUUCUAGCAAGGGCCCCAUGAUUCUGCUCCAGGCCACUCAGGACACUUCAGAAAAGCUUCAUAAGGACUCAGGUUCUCCUGUAGCCUCCCGAGCUCUAUGGGUGGCAGGCCUCUCUGGGACCUUAAUUGUUGGAGUCCUGUUAGUGUCCUGCCUGGCUAUCAAGAAAGAGAUGAGUUACUCAGACCAAAUGUGUCAAUAA